UUUCCAAGGGCUGCCGCAGACCCGCGGAGACUUCAGCGGGAAGUCGGGCUGCCGGCAUGGGCUGGUCCCGGGGUCUGCUCGGCACCUUGUGGAGAACACUGUCCAAGGAGGUGAGGGAGCAUGUGGGCACAGACCACCUCGGGAACAAGUACUACUAUGUCCCGGAGUACAAGAACUGGCGAGGACAAACUAUACGAGAGAAAAGGAUUAUAGAAGCAGCGAAUAAAAAUGAAGUAGACUAUGAAGUAGGUACCAUCCCAACAGAAUGGGAAGCUUGGAUUAGAAAGACAAGGAAGACUCCACCUACUAUGGAGGAAAUACUAAAGAAUGAAAAAUAUAGAGAAGAAAUGAAAAGAAAAAGCCAAGAUUUUUAUGAGAAAGAAAAACUGCUCAGUAAAGAGACGAAGGAAGAGCUCUUGCCUCCACCUAUGCAAACUGAGAUUAAGGGGCAUGCCUCUGCUCCACACUUUGGAAAGGAAGAACCCUCAGAGGCUCCCACCAGCACUGGUAAAACCUUCCAGCCAGGAUCCUGGAUGCCACAAAAUGACAAGGGACACACCCAAUGAAUGUACUAUGGAAAACUCACUUUGUGGAUAUGACUGUUUAACAAAUAAAAGUAGUGAAAACUUGA